UGACAAAAUUUUAAAUGAUUAAAAACGAAAAAUCUUGGACGGACAGUCUAUUUCCUUCUCCCUAACAAACUCAGUGUCCUUUUCUCUCCAUUUGCAAUUCCUCGAAUUUCAUGGCGCACAACCUUCUCAACGAUGAUAGUAAUAUUCUUAAGCAGUUGAGAGAUGGUACUGCAAAAUUUGAGAUUGUUUCUUCUCCGGUGACUUCCGUUGUUUCUCGUUUUAAUUGGAAUGCAAGGUUGUUUGGAAUUGGAAAUUGUAGCUCUCUCUUUUUCGCUAGAAUCGGUUCAUCAAUUGGUGGACAGUCUCCAGCAAUGAAGAAACUUGAGCGCUUCUCAGUUCAGAAGGUUACAGGGGACGGGCGGUGUCUGUUUCGUGCACUGGUCAAAGGAAUGGCUUACAACAAGGGAAUUCCUCUAAACCAACGUGAAGAGAGAGAAAAUGCAGAUGAAUUGAGAAUGGCAGUCAAAGAAGCGAUAUGUGAAAAUGUAGGAGAUCGUAAGUUAUAUGAAGAAGCCAUCAUUGCCGUCACGGUUGAUGAGCCUUUACAACGUUACUGCAAGAGGAUUUCGCGACCUGAUUUCUGGGGAGGAGAAUCAGAACUAUUGGUACUGUCAAAGUUAUGUAAGCAGCCAAUUAUUGUGUAUAUACCAGAGCAUGAGCAUAGAGGUGGUGGUUGGGGAUCUGGUUUCAUUCCAAUUGCAGAGUAUGGAAGUGAAUUUAUAAAGGGUUCUAGCAGAAAAGCUGUAAGGCUGUUGUUCAGUGGUAACAAUCAUUAUGAUCUUCUGUUAUGAGGAGUUGUAUGGAUUCAGAGUUUCACUUCUGUUCUUAAAAACUUAUUUUCUAAAAAGAAUUAAUUCCUUUGUUUUUUCAAA